UCUUUGUGUGGAGAGGACCCAGCAGGAAAGUGGUUUUGCAAUUACUUCAGCUUGCCGGCAAAGCAGUCUGAGUUCCUCUGUUCUGUACACACUUGCACACUGGACUGUCUCACUCUGUUCUGCCUUUACAAGCACAUACAAGAGUGAGCGUGUGUUUAUGGGCUGCGUCUGGACGCGCUUUGAGAGCCAACAGCAACGCAGGGCUUCUGCUGCUGAUGAUGAAAGCAGACGUCAGACCAGCCCAUGAAUAUUGAUAUGGAGGUAGUCUGUUUCAUAGACUGAACAGAAGGAAGCAAGAUGGCUGCCCUUUAGGAUUUGUUUAAGAGGAGACCUAGACGGUUUGUUGGAAUUCUACAAAGUGGAGGGACUUGAAACAAGGGCAGCCUUGUGAAUGGACCCAGAGCAGACCAGAUGGAAACAGAAAAGACCAGCAAUGAGACGGAAAAAAGUCAUAUACUUGCAAAAAUCAGUGCCACUCAGCAGACAGACCUUCUCACCAAGCACCAAAAUGGAGAUCAGUCACCCGAAGUCUUGUCUCAGCAGAAGGUCCCUGCUAACUUGCAGGGGAUAUUUGAUCAAAGUAUGUUUGGAAUGAAUGGACAGAUGAAACAUGCUCUUAGUGAACAUGAACAGGCACUUUUGGACUUUCACCAGACCAAAACAUUGGUGAAUGGAAAUGAGAACCCGAGGAUUUGGGAUAAAAGUGAGGCAGGAAUGGAAAAACGAUUAGAGGUAUUCCCCAAACAUAACAAGGCAGGGGAUUUAACACAUGGUAAAAUAAACUGUAACUUUUCAAAUGGUGAUUUAUUCUCACUGUCACGGAACACGCAGGUUCAAAUGCCCAAUGGUGCUACAACAAGCCCCCCUUCAGUAAAGGGUACAACUGGUGACCUCUUAGAGAAAACAUUGUCUCAGUAUUACCCAGAGCAUGUGUCCAUUGCACCUCAAACCAAUUCAUCUCAAGUAGAUCAGGUCACCAGCAACCUGCCUGAUCAGGCAACUUCUUCACCUUCAUUUACCUCAGGUUUUCCUAUUUCACCCCAAAUAUCUGCCUCAGAGACACUUGUCAAGGCACCUCCUGAAGUACAAAACUCUGAACUUGCAGUAAAUGGAUACUCCAGCUUUGCAGCUGAGCAAAAGAAGCCUGCUUAUUCUCUCUCUGACCUGCCAGAGUUGAGUCAGGAGGAUUCAGAGUCUAAUGUGCCAUCACAGACAGUCGUCAAUGGUUCCUCGCAAAUUCAAGAAGAUAGAGAAGGCCUUCCAAAUGACUCUGAGUCUUUAAACAUGUUUUCCAAUUCCAAUCAGAAUUUAAGUCAUGAAUCUUACAUACUGCCUCCGGUGACAGCAGGUUCCCCCACACAAACCUCUCAGACAGGUCAGCAUAACCCCCAGAUUAAAGUGCCACAGAAAAAAACAACUGAUGAAAACCUCCAUGGCAUCAGAGACUUUUCCUUGCUUCAGCAACAGACUCAUGAGCCACAAGCAGUAGAGAGCAAGUUGAUUCCCCAGUCAUGUACUUCCUCUUCUCAAAAUCAAUGCAAUGACCAAGACAACAAGCCUAAAUCAGGACUAGGAAAAACACAGUCAAAGAGUACAGAUCCCCAGAUGGAAUGGAUAGAUUUAAACUCAACUUCUGCUUCAACGCCAUCUACUGACCACUCCCAGAUGUGGGAUUUGUUCCCCCCACAGACCCACAUGCAGCAACACACAGUCCCACAGAGACAAAGUCAAUGUAUAAAUUCCAUGCACCCAAACAACUUUCAAUCUCACAAUUUCAGUAAUUCCAGUUUCCCCUCACAUGAAAUUAAGGCACAAGAGAACAAAAGCAUGCUACCUCCUACACAAUUUUCCCACAGUGCUGCCCCAGAAAGUCAACAGAGAAAUUCUGGUAUGCACAAUCAUAUUAAGAUGCAAUUUAACAACCCGCAACAUAUGUCCCAGCAAUUAUGCAAAGAUGAUCAAGACCAGAUACUAUCCCCGAGCUUCCUUUCCCAACUACCACCUGCUGAGCCUCAUCAGCAAGCCACCAGCACAUUUUCCAAUCAGCUCCCUCAGGAUAGGCAGAAUAUGCAAGCAUCUCCACUAUCACGAGAUGUUUCCCGUAGUCAAGAAGUUGAGCCACUCUUAAAAAGGCUUAAAACAGAGGACUGUCUUCAUUCAGAAUCCCAGAUGUUAUCUGCAUGUGUCAAAACACCAGCACAAACUCAAGUUUCAAGUAAGGCCAUAAGAGAAAACUUUCUCACAGAGUGCUCACAGAACAUUAGUACACAACAACAAAUCUACCAGCAACCUCAACAACAUAGGAUAUACAAUCAUUCAGAAUUCUCACAGUCUCUUAUUUCUCAGUUAAAACAUUCACAAGCUUCUGAUGGUCUUCAGACACCUGUUCGAACAUUGACCAAAGCUGAAUUCCAUGAGUCCUUUGCCCAAAUCCAGAGAGAGUCUCUCCCAAGCCAUGGUGCUCAAGUGGAUGUUCAGAGGCAUGCAGCUUUGCGAAUGCACCUUCUGCAGAGGCAGGAACGGCAAAGCCCCAACAACAUAAGACAAAUGAUGCCAACCAUAAAAAGUGAAAACUGCUCAGGUUUUGAAAUCCCAGCUCAACCUAUGGAAGUGCAAAGGCAACAUGAAGACCACACCAAAGUCAUAAAGGCUGUGGUAAAACAAGAGCAUCCUCAUUCUUCAUGUGAUGAAAACCAGCAGAGGAGUAUUCUAGCUACCAUGGAGCAGCAGCUUAAACAGUACCAACUCUCACCUGUGUUUGAAAAAAAGUCUUUGGCAAUUAAGUCUCCCAAUAAGGUGAAAGUGGAGAUGGCUGGAGCUGUGACUGUGCUCUCAACCAGUGCUGAAGGCAAUGUAAAGGAACAGUGCAAACAACAACAUUUUACCCCACCUAAAAAGAUUGAACCUGGCUUACAAAGCUUUCUGGAGUCACCCAUGAAGUUGCUUAAUACACCAAUAAAAAAUCUGAUAGAUACACCUCUGAAGACACAGUAUGAAAUACCUUCAUGCCAUUGUGUUGAGCAAAUCAGUGAAAGGGACGAAGGCCCAUAUUAUACUCACUUAGGAUCAGCAUUGAAUAUUGCAGGCAUCCGCAAAAUUAUGGAAGAAAGAUCUGGAAUGACUGGAAGUGCUAUUAGAAUUGAAAAAGUUGUGUACACAGGCAAGGAAGGCAAAAGUGGGCUGGGUUGCCCAAUUGCUAAAUGGGUAAUACGAAGGGCAAAUGUAGAUGAGAAACUCCUGGUCUUGGUACGAGAGAGGGCUGGCCACACGUGCGAGACAUCCUGUGUAGUAGUUGUCAUCCUAAUUUGGGAAGGGAUACCAACCAGCCUGGCUGAUCGUCUCUACAUGGAACUCAGUGAUACUUUAACAAAACAUGGAGCCCUGACCAACCGCAGAUGUGCUCUAAAUGAAGAGAGAACAUGUGCGUGUCAGGGUUUGGAAGCUGAUGCUUGUGGAGCUUCUUUCUCCUUUGGCUGCUCCUGGAGCAUGUACUAUAAUGGCUGCAAAUUUGCUAGGAGUAAAAUUCCUCGCAAGUUCAAGUUGCUUGCUGAUGAUCCCAAGGAGGAGGAGAAAAUUGAACGAAACCUCCAAGGUCUUGCUACCUACAUUGCCCCAGUGUAUAAGAAAUUGGCACCUGAUGCUUAUAGUAAUCAGAUAGAGCAUGAAAACAGAGCUCCGGACUGCCGGCUGGGCCUAAAAGAAGGACGGCCGUUUUCAGGAGUGACAGCCUGUCUAGACUUCUGUGCUCAUGCUCACAGAGACCUCCACAACAUGCAAGGGGGCAGUACUGUGGUCUGCACGCUAACAAGAGAGGAUAAUCGUGAGAUUGGAAAAAUUCCUGAGGAUGAGCAGCUGCAUGUGCUUCCCUUAUACAAGCCCUCAUCCACAGAUGAGUUUGGCAGUGCUGAGGCUCAGCUGGAAAAGACCAAGACUGGUGCCAUUCAGGUGCUUAGUUCCUUUCGAAGGCAGGUGCGUAUGCUAGCAGAGCCUGCAAAGUCUUGCCGUCAGAGGAAACUGGAUGCCAAGAGAGCUAACAAACCAAACAACCACAACACACCCAACUCUAAAACAGACAACACCCAGCAAGUAAAGCAGAAACAGACUGCUUAUGAGAACCCAACAGUGACAGGACGAGGUAACAUGAGAACAAAUCUUGACUCUGGGCAUCUUCCACAAACUCAUGCUGCCCAUCAGCCUCAGCAGCAGUUCCGGCAACAAACACAUCCUAAUACUUCUUACGCUGCCCCACCAUUCACUCGAUUCCCAAAUGCUUCUAAACCAUCAACUCCACAUCCUCAAACAGCUUCUGUGGAUCCCUAUGCCUCCCCUUUGCAUACACCCAACUCUUAUAUCAAUGCUUCUAAUGCUCCCUCUCCCUAUUCAAGGUCUCUUGCACCCAGCCCUCUCUACAAUGGCUACCAAUGUAAUGGGGGGAUUCCCAUGGACAACUAUCAUCCUUUCCACUCUUCCAAUCUAAAGCAUCCAGAUAUGUUUCAUCCCCAAAGAAAUCCACUUUAUUCUGAGCAGCAGUACAAUGCACCUCAACACUAUGGAGUCAACUAUCCACCACAUUAUGGAGAGCCUAUGGCAACUAAUGGUUAUGGCAACUGUAACAUGAGACCCGGAAUACACUCUAUGGGACACUACCCAGGCUUUGAUUCUAAUAUGUCACCGAAUGCAUUCUCCAGGCCCCCUUCAGCCCAUCUACAUUUGGACUAUGCAGCUGCUGGCAAUGCUUACGCCAAACCUCACAUUUCCCAGAAUCCUCAUAUGUUUCCUCCAAAUCUGAAUACCUUAAGUAUGCAAAGUCAUAAAGAUUUAGGGAUAAACAUGCAUGAGGCAAACGGUAUCUCUCAGGGGUUUCCUCCAUUGGGAAAGGAAUGCUUCAACUUGAACCAACCAUCAAGCUUGAACCUUCCCAAUGAAAAUGCUCAUAACCCGACUGUCAACCCAACACCACUACCCCAGGUUUCAGAAAAAAAGGAGGAAGAUGUGUGGUCUGACAGUGAGCACAAUUUCCUUGAUCCUGAAAUUGGAGGAGUGGCAGUGGCACCUAGCCAUGGGUCUAUUAUUAUUGAGUGUGCUAAGCGGGAGCUUCAUGCUACCACGCCAGUCAAGAAGCCUGAUCGCAACCAUCCCACCCGUAUCUCUCUGGUGUUUUAUCAGCACAAGAACUUAAAUGAGGCAAAACACGGACUGUCUCUGUGGGAAGCAAAGAUGGCAGAGAAGGCCCGGGAGAAAGAAGAAGAUGCUGAGAAGCAUGGUGCUGAAAACGCUUCCAGCAAGAGCAGUGGAAAGAAGGCAAAACGAGAACAUUCAGAACAUUCUGAACCCUCGGAGCCUCCGUAUAAGCAGUUCCUUCUCAUGCUUACUGAACGGUCAAUGUCCUGCACUACCAAUACAUACGUAAGCACAUCUCCCUAUGCCUUUACCAAGGUGACUGGGCCGUACAAUAAUUUCAUGUAGAAACAUCUGUAAAUCCAGAGCAUUCACAUAGACAAGAACAAGAAUGAGAUCAGAAAUGUGAAAUGGUGCUACAAUACAGCAGACCUCAUUGCCACUGGCCAUAUAACCCAUAAUGCUUGUUCAGGAGAUUAUUGACAGCAGAGUGACUCUGUUAUAUUGCUAUAUGGAAAAGUAGAACAUAUGUGGGUUUUUAAGCUCUUAAAAGCUCUUAAUUCAAGCUUUACUGUUUGAACAAUUGGAAAUAUUUAUUUAUUAUUUAAUUACUCUCUUAUGAUAACACACUGUUCUUUAUCCAUGGUGCUCACAGUCCGACGAAUCUGGACAUAUUACUGGAAAGAUAUAUUCAUAUUUGGUGACUUUUUUUAAACUUUUCACUUUUUAUGGUGCUAGGGAGUGUUUUAAAUGCCUUUCUUUAACAACUCAAGACAAAACACCUUGUAUGAUACAUAAAAACUUUUUUUUUUUUUUGGAUUGAGCAAUUUAGACAAUAUCUAGCCUACUUAGUGUUUUAAAAGCACUUUUUUAUAAUAGUGAGGGUAACAAUUUUUCCCUCCAAUCUGAAAGACAAUUCAUUACAAUGCAUUUAUUUUAGAUUCACAAUGUGAAAACAACAACGAUGAACUGUAGAUACACAGUUCCACACAGUGGAUAGUUGAACAUCGUUUAAAAGGUGCUUUAUGAGGUGCUUUCUCAAUUUCACAGAUCCUUUACAUUUACCAUGUGCAUCAAGGAACACAUUACAGGGUUACCUUUUCAUCAUUUUCACUGUUUCAGAGGCAGCUGGCUUGGCUUGCUCUACAUUUUUUUUACAUAUAAUGCAACUUUAGCUGUAUUAAAAAAAGUUCAGAUUUGUACAGUAAAUUAAUUUUUUUGAAUGUAUGCUUAGAUAAUGGUUUAGUAACUAAGAGUACUAUUUCUUUGGGUUUAAAUUGAUCUUAUUUCAAAUGGUGCUUACUUGACCUACUAUAAAUAUAAUGUGAGUAUCUUUAAGGGUGUUGAGAAGGCUUAUGAAUGAUGUAGAAAAACCUACUUAUCAUAUACCUCAGAAGUAGUUUGGCAAUAGAAUUAUAAUACCAAUGUGUUUCUGUUCUUUUAUUUCCAAACACUUUGUAGCAAAUAUAACACAGACCUUAAGGCCAUUAUUGAUGCUAAAGUUCAUUUCUUACUUUCUUCAUACUUGAUCUACUAGAAAGUAUUACUUGAACUUCAAGUUUCAAUGUAAUGGCAAUAUCAGGGAUAUACUGUAUCAGCUCAUUUCUGUGCAUCGCUUGUCAUCAGUUGUGUUCAUGUUGUAUUUUCUAAUUCAGGUUUGAGCCUUUGAAUUUGAAAUCCUUCUAAACUACUUGUAAAUACAGUACCCCCCACACACAAACACACAUCUUACUUUGUUAAGAAAGAAUCUGAAAUUGUAUAUUGUUGAAGAAGAAUGCUGAUAAAAUUUUAAAUAGUAAUUUUAACCUUUUAACAUGCACUGAUUUAAUUAAAGGGAAAGUGUCAUGAUAUACAGUGGAAGUCAGAAUUAUUAGCCCCCCUUUAAUUUUUUUCUUUUUUAAAUAUUUCCCAAAUGAUGUUUAUCAGAGCAAGGAAAUUUUCACAGUAUGUUUGAUAAUAUUUUUUCUUUUGGAGAAAGUCUUAUUUGUUUUAUUUUGGCUAGAAUAAAAGCAGUUUAAAAAAUUUUAAUAAACAUUUUAAAGUGAAAAUUAUUAGCCCCUUUAUGUUUACAGAACAAACAAUCAUUAUACAAUAACUUGCCUAAUUACCCUAACCUGCCUAGUUAAACUAAUUAACCUAGUUAAGCCUUUAAAUGUCACUUCCAGCUGUGUAGAAGUGUCUUGAAAAAUAUCUAGUAAAAUAAUAUGUACUGUCAUCAUGGCAAAGAUAAAAUAAAUCAGUUAUUAGAAAUGAGUUAUGAAAACUAUUAUGUUUAGAAUUGUGUUGAAGGAAUCUUUUCUCCGUUAAACAGAAAUUGGGGGAAAAAAAUAAACAGGGGGGUUAAUAAUUCUGACUUCAACUAUAUAUAUAUAGCAAUGUAUUUGCUCUUUACUGAAAGGUUAGACCAAGUCAGUUAAAUUACCACAUGCACAUUUUGUUGCAUUUGUAUAGUUUGAGGCUAAAUGUAAAUACAACCACUAAAUGUUAACGCCUCUUACACUACCCCAUCCACUGAAUUAAGUAUUCAAUGAGUUACUGUGGUAACACUUUAGUAUAAGGGGAACACAUAUUCACUAUGAAUUCUGACUUUGUCUAAUUUAGUGGUAAUUAAUAGUUUGUAAGGCACUGUAGAUGUUUUAGAACUGGGCUAUGAAUAAGGGAUCUUGAAUAUGUUAAUACAGAAUGAAGCACUAUUAUGUGCAAUUUAUACAAACUAAUAAACAACCAAUACACAUCUAAUAAGCAACUAGUUAAUGUGAGAAUCAGUCCCCAUACUAAAGUGUUGUUACUAGUAAUGAAAUGAAAAAAAAAAACUCAUUCCACUUGGACAUAUAUGAAAAGAUAGCACUUCAAUUUGUUUUUCAGAAAAAAAAUCAUACAAAAAAUAUGUAAAUUUAAAAUAGUUAGAAUUCUGUAAAUGUUUUAAAUAGUUUGUGCCACAUUGUAUAUACCAUAUGCUUGCAUUGCAGACAUUUAAGUCCAUUCUUUUUUAUUAUUAAGUUAUGUUACAUACGAAGAUUAAAUUCAGUGUUUGUUAAAAAUACCAUCACUCCACAGAUCUAAUAAUUUUGCCCCUAAGCUCUUUGUCUUUUCGGGUGUUUGUUUCCCCUUACAACCGGGAGGUUUACAAUUUUUUGUUUUCUACUAGAAAUCACCUCGAUGUAAUAGAAGAAGCUGAAUAGAAGCAGCUUCCAGCUGUAGAUUAAAGCAGAUGUUAAAGUUUAAUGUACAGGACCCAGCUUGAGUAGCAGGUUGUGUAUAUGAAGCACGAGAAAAGGGUGAAUAAAAUUUAGUGAGUGACAAGAAUAGCCAUACUUGAAAAUGUUUUGGAGUGUUUCUGAGUGGAGUCAACUUUACUUGAAUGAUUUCCUGAUUUCAAUGAAUCAACUUUUACAUCGAGCUAGCAGUUUAUGUACACAUGUUGGUAUUUUUCCAUUAGACACUAAAGGUUUAAAUGUGCGAUUUUCUGCCUCUUUUGUACUUAUCCCCUUAAAGUUUGUAAUGCUUAAAACAUUGAAUUAAGAAUGGCUUUGAUUACUGUAAGUAUUGUAAUGUACUGAAGAACUGAAUGCAGUUUAUUUGAAAGCUAUUUGUUUUUGAUUGUUAUCAUUCCUAAUAUUGCUGAAAUGUGUUUGUUUUUUUAAUAAAAUGUAUAUUUAUUUCAAGCAUUUUCAGUACCAUUUGUACAAUCUGUACAAUUUCUAAUAACUUUGGCUUCUUUACUGAAUACAUUUAAACAUAAAUCAUGUUUUAUUUAUAAUUUGCAAAUGGUACAAAUACAAUGUAUUCUACCCUUGGAAGUUUUCAUGUUUUACUUUCUUACAACAUUUUAUGAUUUUUUUUUUUUUUUUUUAAUCAAACCAAGGGAUGAAUAUCUGUUAUACGCACAGCAUGUAUAAUUUUCACAAUAACCAAUAAAACUUAAAUUAUAAUAAAUGUAGAA